AUGAUUCUGGAGGUCUACGCCUUGCUCGAGCAGAAGCUGAUCAAUGCCGUCAGGCCGGUCAAGAAUUCCAACCCGCUGCAGAGGCACAACACGGAUAUCAGAGCCGAGAAGAGCUUGAAGAUCGUGAACGAGCACGCAGGUGGAGUAAUUGGCUUCAGUGAGAGUUCCUUGAGCACAUCGGGCAGGAUGAACCUAUCCGAUAGGUUCAAUUAG